UCAUUAUUUUGGCAUGUGCUGGACUGACGUGUACUGUUCAAUUGAAGAUUGCCAAAGUGAUGAGCCAUUCAGGCAGAACCUAAACCUCCAUCUUGUUUUUCUUUGUCUCCUGAAAAUGGCGGACAGAAGAAAAAGAAUAUUUCGUGUGUUUGCUAUUCGAGUGUCGUCAUACUGUGAACAUUUUUGUGAAAUAAACUGUUGCCGCCACGAUCCCGCCCCGACAAGUUGCAGACUAUUGAAACAAAAAAGACCCCGUAGGAUAUUACAAGGAAAAGGUUUUUCCUUGCUCUUCAAUGGGGGGGCUGCUGGACACACGUCAACGGGGCGGCGGCGGCAAAUCGUGAGCAACGAAAAAUAUAAAAGAAAAGAAAAAAAAAAGAUUGCCUCCUUUAUUGGGGGAUUCGACGACAAACAUCGACUCGUGCCACGAAGUGACACCGAAAAACACUUUGAAGGAGGACAACAACAAAGGGAAAAAGUUUGUCUUUCUUGCGUGGGGUGUGUGUUUAAUAUCAGUGAAGAGACUUAAUCAGUUGGGCGUAUUUCACGCGGGAGCAACGUGCCGAAACCGCACUCGCAUAAGGAAAAAAAUAAAAAGAAAAAAAAAAAUCUCCUGACUUUGCGGUGGUGGCUGUGAAAGACGGGCCAGUACGGCACAACGAAGAUGGUUCGUGAAAGGUUGCCUCUCUUCUUUCUUUUUUUUUUUCGCUUGUACUUUUAUAUAACCUCGUUCGAGUUUGCGUGCGUGACAACAACUCAAAAGAGAUGUUGGAGACGGAAUUUCUCUUAUGGCAAUGAAGAAGAAUAAAAAGGACGACGAUGGAAUGCCUGUUGUCUCUCACGUCGGGAACAAACACGAAACCGAACAACAGCACAACAACGAAGCGAAGAAAAAAGAGAAAAGAGACACACAGAGAGACGACAUUUUACGGGGCAUUCGUGAGUCGCAUCUACUUUGACGCUAAUGUUACGGAAAAGCCUUGCAGCACGCUGACGACUCGAAUUCAAAAUAAAGCGAACGCAAAAGUUUUCAGGGCGCUAAAGAAUGACUCUUUUCUCUAUCCUUUCUCAUCUGCUGCUGUUGAUGGCGGAGAGCGGCGCUGUGGACGGCCUUGGCAAGCGGACGUCUCGACGUUUUUUGGCUUGUCGAUGAAGGUGCGCGGUGGACUGACUGUGAGCAGAUAGUUACGACGCGACCAUCCGGAUUUCCCUCGUAGAUAUACGCACACACCAUCUCACCGAUUGUGAGCUUUUUAUAUGCCUGUCCAAAAUGAACGGGGAAAACCGUCUCUGACGGACCGAAAAAAGAAAAUGUCGGCAGAGAAAUUCUUAGAAAUUUCAUCAUCUUUUUUUUUCCUUUUUCUCAUCUACUUUUACUUCCUUCCAAUUCGUUUUUUUUUUCAAUUCUUCUUUAUUGUUGUUGCACACAGUAUAUAUUGUAAUGGUUACUCAACCAACCUACAAUGCUGUAAAAUGUUGUGGACAAUCGUUGCAUGUUUCGGUUAGCGCUCCGGUUAAGUUGGAACGUCCGUCCCUCAAAAAUAAAAAAUAAAAUGUUUAUCUGCUCCGGCGUAUAUAAAACUGAGUGAGACAGGAUUCAGUCGGGCACACUUGAAACGGAGCUAUAGAGAGAAAAAAAAAUAUAUAAAAAUCAAGAGUCGGGCUACAGACCAAACACAGAGAGUUUGACGUUGGCCAAACAGGACUGAGAGCUAUCACGCUGUGUUGGUAUCAGUAGGUAACAUCACGUUACGUCAAUCUAAAACGUCCACUUUGCAUUUAUCGGAUUAUCGUCUUCUGUACACCACCAAUAUAUUGGCUUUGACCGUUUUUUUGUGUGUGGAAAGAAUGUUAUCCGAUAGCUUUUACCUCGUUUUCGUAACGGCGAUCGUCUUGUCGCAUCGGGUGGAAACGCAGGUGACGUUCGAUGGAGCGUGCCCCAAACUUGACGUUGUUGGCGAUUUUGACCUACACAGGUAUCUUGGCUUGUGGUACGAGAUCGAAAGCUAUCCAGCCGUCUUCAGCUCGUUCGCUAGUUGCACGACAGCCAACUAUUCUUUACUGCCUGAUGGCAACGUGCGAGUCAUCAACCGCAGUUUCAACACCAGUUCGAAAGGUUUCGACAUGGUCGACGGUACGGCCCGGCUCAUCGAACCGCUGAAAAGGCAGGCUAAACUGGGCGUCGUCUUUCCCGCCACUCGGUUCAGCCGUCCCGUUCCAGACGACGGCAACUAUUGGGUGCUGGACACGGAUUAUACCAACUACUCGAUCGUGUGGUCAUGCGCAAAUUUCAACGACAAAAGCUUUCAAUUCCUUUGGCAUCUGAAUCGUCGUAGGCAACCAUCGCAAUCCGCAUUGGCUUUUGUUGGUCAUCGCAUCGAUUCGUUUGGUUUGGAACGAAAGUUUCUUCAAACAGCAGAGCAACGCAACUGCCCCGAAUCAAGCGAAACAUCCUCAAUGCGACCAGUUCGUCAACCGAGUCCCACUCGGUCGAGUUACUACGGAAAAUAAAAUAAAUCUUUCAACUGAAAUAGUUUGUUGAGGGGGGGAAGGAAGAGGGUGGAUUGUUGUCCCCAGCUCUCGUUACUUCCCUGUCUCUGUCUGUCUCUCUCGUUUGUCUUCCGCACCUGCCUCUAAAACCAACUUCAAACAAGCGUGUGUUUUCGAAACGGGCACAUGCUGCUGAUGAGUGACGUGCCGCCUUAUCGGAUUAUCGAUUUUCAGGGUGGUUCCCCUGCUCUGUUGCUGCCUUGAUUCUGCACGUCCGCUUGUGGUUGGCCCCACAGUUAGAUAUCGGUGGUUUGCAUCACGCCAGUCCAUUAGUUGACACAGGGCACUCUCUUUUCUCUUGGCCUAUUGUAUUUCCUACGGCCCGCCAAACUUUAAGUGAUGGAUGACUCUUUAUUUUAGCCACACCAACCCAUUUUUGUAUUCAACCACAUCCAUGAGAGCUACAUAAUAAAUAUCACGAACUCAGUAACAAAAGA